ACUAUGUUGACUCAGAAGCUUCUAACAAGGAUUGCUCCUCUCCACGGGUUGAGAUGUCUGAACACCACAGCGCCUGCUCCUGCUGCGGCCACUGAACUGUACAAGACGAAGAACCUGAUUAAUGGUGAGUUUGUUGAGUCCUCUGCUACAGAGUGGGUGGAUCUCCACAAUCCUGCAACUAACGAACUUGUUACUAGAGUUCCCAAAUCUACCCCUGAGGAAAUGCAGGCUGCUGUAGAUUCCGCGAAGGCAGCAUUCAAAUCAUGGUCUCAAGUAUCCGUGUUGUCGCGUCAGGGAGUUAUGUUCAAAUUCCAACAUCUCAUCAAGGAGAACAUGGCAGAACUUGCUAAGAACAUCACACUGGAGCAAGGUAAGACACUAGCAGACGCGGAAGGAGACGUUAUAAGAGGACUGCAAAUAGUAGAACAUGCCUGCAGUGUGACGUCAUUACAAAUGGGGGAAACCAUGCCGGGUGUCACUAAAGACAUGGACACGUACUCUAUCAGAGCUCCACUAGGAGUAUGUGCCGGUAUCACUCCCUUCAACUUCCCUGCUAUGAUCCCACUGUGGAUGUUUCCUCUGGCUAACGUUGCUGGUAACACAUACGUCCUGAAACCCUCUGAAAGAGACCCCGGCGCUGCUAUGAUGUUAGCAGAGCUGGCUAUUGAGGCUGGACUCCCUAAAGGUGUACUGAACGUGAUACACGGAACACACGACUCCGUCAACUUUAUCUGUGAUAACCCCGACAUUAAAGCCAUCUCCUUUGUUGGAUCUAACCAAGCUGGACAACACAUCUACGAGAGGGGAAGUAAGAAUGGAAAGAGAGUACAAGCCAACAUGGCUGCUAAGAACCACGGAGUUAUCAUGCCUGAUGCUAACAAGGAGAAUACUCUUAAUCAACUUGUAGGGGCUGCGUUCGGGGCCGCUGGGCAGAGGUGUAUGGCACUUAGUGUAGCAGUGAUGGUGGGAGAAGCUAGGAACUGGAUCCCUGAGCUGGUGGAACGAGCCAGGAAACUGAAUGUGACAGCUGGUGACCAGCCUGGAGCUGACUUGGGUCCUGUUAUCUCUCCUCAGUCUAAAGCUAGGAUUGAGAGGUUAAUUCAGAGUGGUGUUGAUGAAGGAGCAACCCUGCCCCUGGACGGUAGAAACAUCUCAGUUCCCGGCUACGAGAAUGGCAACUUUGUGGGUCCCACCAUUAUCAGCAAUGUUACUACUGACAUGGAGUGCUAUCGGGAGGAAAUAUUUGGACCUGUACUGAACAUUCUGGAAGCUGAUACAAUGGACGAUGCUAUUGAGAUCCUUAACAACAAUCCCUAUGGUAACGGCUGUGCGGUGUUUACUAACAGUGGGGCUGCAGCAAGAAAGUUCACCAAUGAGGUAGAUGUAGGUCAGAUCGGAGUGAAUGUCCCUAUUCCCGUCCCACUGCCCAUGUUCAGUUUCACGGGGUCUCGUGGUUCCUUCCUGGGUGACUCAAACUUCUACGGCAAGGCCGGACUCAACUUCUACUCUCAGUGGAAAACAAUUACCACAUUGUGGAAGGAAGAAGACGCUAAGACCGCCACAGCAGAGGUCGCCAUGCCUCGCAUGCAGUAAAGUCAAUGACUUUGAUGACGUCACGUGACUCCGAUGACGUCACGUGACUUUGAUGACGUCACGCGAGAUGGUGCCGCUUUCGCCAAAACUCUAUCGUACCCUCAACCCGCACUAAACUAUACUUUAUAUAUGGAUUGAUGUUAUGAUUUUUAUGUGGUGUUCAACCUUUUCUCAUUUUCUGUUGUUUCCAAAGGUGAAAUAGUUAAUGCUGCCCAAGAUUUUUUCGGUUCCGGCCAUCCAUUGACUUUAAUUUAUUACCUACUUUGUAAAAUUGCUUCGUUUGUUAGAUUUUCAAGUAUUGCUUUUUAAAUGUUUCUAUCUUUUGUCAAUGUAAAUAAGUUUCAGAGUAGAUUAUAUAAUCAUUGAAAUUAGACAAUAA